AUGGGAUCGCCAACCAUCACCCCGGGGCAGACAACCCCUUCAUCCUAUCCCGAGUCAAGGGUGCUUAUCAUCAUCACGGGCGGCACCAUAUGUAUGCAGCCUUCAGACGAUGGCCUGGUUCCUGUUGACAAUUUUGUGGAGCGCGCCAUGGCGCCUCUGCCCUCAUUCAACGACGCGUCUCCUGGGACAGAACUUCAUGCGUACCACCAUGGCAAGGAGCUACUUCUACCGAGUCUGAGGACGCCACCAAGCUCCUAUUCACGGCACAUCAGGUACUGCGCACUCGAGUUCUCCCCUCUGCUGGACUCGAGCUCCAUCUCAUCUGCGGGCUGGGCCGAGAUUGCCCAGACCGUCAAGGAAAACUACCACCUGUUUGAUGGCUUCGUGGUGCUUCACGGCACCGACUCGCUGGCAUACUCAGCCUCGGCUCUUUCCUUCAUGAUGGCGGACCUGGGAAAGUCUGUGAUCCUCACCGGCUCCCAGGCAUCCAUCUUUGCCCUGCAGACAGACGCCGUGGAUAACCUGCUGGGGUCGCUGAUCAUCGCGGGGACCUUUGUCGUUCCCGAGGUCUGCCUGUUCUUCCACCACGCCUUGUACCGGGGUAACAGGACGACAAAGGUCUCGGCCUCGGCGUUUGCGGCCUUUGACAGCCCCAACUGCCCGCCCCUGGCCAAGGUGACCAGCCUCGGCGUCGACGUCAACUGGCAGCUCGUGCGCCGACCUACGAGGAUCGCGGGGUUCCAGGUGACGACCUACCUCGACACGGCCCACGUGGCGUGCCUGAGGAUAUUCCCGGGCAUCAAGCCAGAGAUGCUCGACUCCGUCCUGAGGGUCCCGGGGCUCAAGGGCCUGAUCCUCGAGACGUUCGGCAUGGGCAACGCCCCCUCGGGCGUCGAUGGCAGUCUUACCAAGGUCAUCCGUGCGGCCGUGGAGAGGGAGAUCGUCAUAGUCAACGUCAGCCAGUGCACCAACGGCUUCGUCUCGCCGCUGUACGCACCCGGCACGGCGCUAGGAAGGGCCGGUGUCGUGUUUGGUCAGGACCUCACCACGGAGGGAGCGUUGACCAAGCUGUCAUACCUCCUGGCCAUUGAGGGGCUCUCCUACACCGACAUCACGUCCAAGAUGGCUCAGUCGCUCCGUGGCGAGAUGACCGAGACAUCGGUCCCCUCCUUCUCCCACCCGGCCGGCAGCUUGGAAUAUGGGGGCGUGGCGACGGGCAACCUGACGGUCGUCGAGACGCGGUUCACGGAGCUCGGGUACGCCAUCCGAAACGGGGACCUUGAGGCGGUGCGGCGCAUGCUCCAGGGAGAUGAGCACAGCACGCACCCGCUGCUCAAAACGUCGGACUACGCUGGUAACACGGCGGUGCACCUGGCGGCCGUUGGGCCCAAUGCCGAGGUUCUCAGGGAGGUACUCACCAGGGGAGGCAGCGUCCAUCUCAGAAACAGGGCCAACAACACGGCGCUGUUCCUGGCAGAGAAGAUGGGGAAUGAGGAGUGCGUCAAGCUCCUCCGCGAGGCUGGUGCACACUUGUGGGAAACUGAGCGACUCCAGCAUCAUAAACAGCGGACGGAGACCGGGGAGGACGAGCAGCCGCGGAAGAGGGCACACGUCACGUCAUGA